AUGCCUGCGACGGAAUACGCGGAUAUUUUACGGGAACAGGAGGAGCUCGGACGUUGGAUCCAACGGUUUUGGACCAACCUUUGUAAAUUGGGCAGGGAAAAAAUUACGCGGGCAGUUUUAGAACAGCGUAGAGGUCUCCUUGAGCGAUAUUGGGAUGCGUUUUUAAAUGGUCACCGUCAACUGUUGCGAUUCAAGGAAGCCCAGGACAGUGCUUACGUGGACCAAGACCGCUUUUCUACGAUCGAAGAAGCUUAUCUUCAGGUCGCGGCUCAGAUGGCUCAGUACCAAGAGGACCUCGCGCAGGCGGGCCCCUCGCGUGGAGUGCAACCCCCUCCAGAAACACCGGGAAAGCCUCAAUUGCCAAAAAUACAAUUACCCACUUUCUCAGGAGACCCCUUAAAAUGGGAGAGUUUUCGAGAUCUUUUUAAGAGUCUCGUUCACAGCGUUCCCAACCUUCAGGAUGUACGGAAAUUGCUGUACCUUAAGUCGGCCUUAACCGGAGAAGCAGCGGAGGUCAUCCAAAAUACGCCAAUCACCGAUGCUGGAUACCAAGGAGCCUGGGAGGACCUGGAGCAGCGGUACGGGAACUUGCGUCUUCUGUCUUUCGCGCACCACAGGGCCCUUCUUUCCUGCCCUCCCGCGCAACAACAGUCUGCCGCGGAAUUGAAAAGGCUGUUAGAUACAUUCAAACAGUCGAUUAGAGCGUACACUGCGCUGAAAAAACCGGUAGCUCAGUGGGAUGAGUGGUUUGUUUAUUUCUUAAGCCAAAAAUUGGACAAAACCACGCACCUGGUCUGGGAGACCUCUCUAGCUGAUAGCCGCGACGUACCGUCGUUCCGGCAGCUUUCUCUCUUUCUGGAAAAUCGCAUCCAAGCGUUGGAUGCUGCUCAGGAGGCCGACCCAGUGUUGCAUCCCGCGACAUUCAAAGGUGCUCCGGCUAAAACAAAAAGGGAGGCGCCUGUAAAACGCACUAACGUAGCAGUCUUGGCUGCUUCGGCAAAGAGUCCCGCCCCUCGUAAGUGCCCCUCGUGUGCUGGAAAUCAUAACUUUGCUUAUUGUUCAAAGCUAAAGACGCUUCCACCUCGGCGCCGGAAGGAGCGAGCCCAGCAACUACAGGCGUGCUUUAAUUGCUUGACCGUUGGCCACGACUUAACCAAGUGCCCGUCAAGCCAAGUCUGCUUAGCUUGUGGCUACAAGCACCAUACGCUGCUCCAUGAUGCGAUGCCGAAUCCCACGAAGAAUACGCCCGCGAACGUCGGAGACGUUUCCACAUCGCAAACUUCAACGGCCUCCACCGAAACAGAAGAGAAGGGCGUGGCCGCUUCCUUUGCCUGUUCAGCUACCACUCGACCCGCCGCACUAUUAGCGACGGCCAAGGUGAAGGUGGAGGCACCAUCAGGAGAACUUCUCGAGGUCAGAGCCUUGUUGGACACCGGUUCGGACACGUCGCUUGUAUCUGCUUGGGUAGCUCAAGCACUCCGUUUGCCACGGCGGGCGGUCAGCGUCGCCAUCUCAGGAGUUCAAGAGAAUGAAAGCGGAGUGGCGAAAAGUGAGGUUUCUCUUUCCUUACGCUCUCGUCUGGACCCCAGCUUUCAUUUGUCGGUUCGAGCGUUGGUGCUGCGGAAACUUACUGCGUUACUUCCCGCUCGAGCAGUGCACUCACAAUCCUGGCCGCAUCUUCAAGGAGUGACUCUUGCGGAUCCGGAAUACGGAGUACCCUCUCGUAUUGACUUAAUCCUGGGAGCUGAUAUUUGUGGAGUUUUGUUACAGGACGAGUCGCGGGUCGGGCCGGUUGGCACACCGACGGCGAGGCGCACUCCUUUCGGGUGGGUGUUGAUGGGCCCAGUCUCCGACACCAAAGGUCAAGGCAGCAAGGCGGUCGUCCACAGCCUUCACUGCCAAACGGACGACUCAACCAAUAGGCUGCUUCGACGCUUUUGGGAGGUCGAAGCGCUACACGAGCAGCCUCCGUUAUCACCAGAGGAACGGGAAUGUGAGCGGCACUUUCGAGAGACACAUUCUCGGGACGAAACCGGCCGCUAUUCGGUACACCUACCUUUCAAAUUGGAUCCAAGCCUUGCCCUGAAGCCCUGCAGAUCAACGGCGCUAAAGUUGCUGCUCAGCUGUGAGCGCAGGUUGGCAUCCAACGAAGCCUGGCGAGACAAGUACUCGCAGUUCAUGGAGGAAUACGCAGCCUUGGAUCACAUGGAGGCGGUACCGGAGUCUGCGGUUCAGGAUCCAGUUUACUAUCUACCGCACCAUGCCGUGGUGAAGCGAUACGACCCUAGCGGCAAAAUCAGGGUCGUCUUCAACGCCUCCUUUCGCACCGCCACUGGAUCCUCUCUUAACGACUGUUUGAUGCCUGGACCGAAACUACAGUCAGACCUCUCGAUGAUUCUAACGCGAUGGCGCUUAUUUCGAGUAGUAUUUACCUCGGAUAUUGUUAAAAUGUUCCGACAGAUUCGGGUACACCACACGGAUGCGGAUUGGACCAGGAUACUUUGGCGCUCCAGACCCGAUCAACCUGUACAGGACUUCAGGCUCAAGACCGUCACCUAUGGCACAGCCUGCGCACCCUUCCUAGCGCUGAGGGUGUCGGUCCAACUUGCUGAAGAUGAGGAGGAGCGUUUCCCGCUGAGAGCGGUCGCAAUUCGUCGGCAUUCGUAUGUGGACGACAUUCUUGCCGGAGCCGACGACGAGAAAGCAGCCCUCGAAUUGAGACGACAGGUUAUCUCUAUCCUGCAGUCGGGAGGGUUCGAUCUGAGCAAAUGGGCAUCGAAUAAGCCAAGCUUGCAGGAAGCGGAAGAAUUUCAAACGUGCGUGUUCCAGGACUACCCUGGAGUCAGUACCUUGGGGGUCGUCUGGAGGCCAAACACGGACACCUUCUCUUUGCGUGUUCUUCCACCUCUCAAUGAGCCCACGCGAUACACUAAAAUGCAAUGGGAUGAGGACUUACCUGAGCAACUACUUUCCGCAUGGGAAACAUUCCGAAGCAAGCUGAGCCAACUCGACGCUUUGGCAAUUCCUCGCUGGACGAAUUACUCGGCGGACAUUGCGCAACUGGAGCUGCACGGGUUCUGCGAUGCCUCCCAGCGAGCCUAUGCAGCCGUCGUCUACCUGCGAGUGUCCAGGGGAGAGUCCAGCGUGGCCACACUGCUUGUGGCAAAAACCAAGGUGGCACCGGUCAAGGCACUUAGCAUACCACGACUGGAACUGUGCGGCGCGGUGCUACUUUCCAAACUAAUAGCGGAAGUACAAAAGGGAUUGAUCUUACCAGCAACCAUCACGGCUUGGACGGACUCCAGCGUUACCCUCCACUGGAUAAAAGGGCAUGCCUCAACCUGGAAGCCCUUUGUUGCCCACAGGGUUGCCACCGUGCAGUCCAAUGUUCCGCCUCAAAAUUGGAGGCACGUGGCAACCAAAAACAACCCGGCGGAUUUGGCUACCAGAGGGAUAACGCCGUCGGAGCUCCUGUCGUCGCAUCUAUGGUGGAGUGGACCCUCUUGGCUCGUCGACUCCCCAGAUCUGUGGCCUGCAUCACCUCUAGGAAAGGUCGAAGAGGCGGACUUGGAGAGGGGCCGAGCACAAAUCUACCUGGCAAAGGAAAACGAGGAGAACGAUCUCCUAUCAAGGUUUUCAAGUUUAACACGCUUAACGGCAGUGAUUGCUCUCUGCUCUAGAUUUCAUCGACUUACCAGGAAGCUGAACACCGAAACCGGGUUUAUCCGGGCUUCGGAGCGAGACGCUGCUCUACGGAUCGCUAUCGGGCUAGCUCAGAAGUCCGAUUUCCAAUCAGAGGUCGACCAGCUUCAACAGAGCAAGGAGGUACGGCGAUCUUCCGCUCUUAGGGCCUUGAAGCCCUUCCUGGAUGACCAAGGACUACUACGCGUCGGGGGCCGCCUCGACCUAGCCUCUAUUCCCUACAACGAGAGGCACCCUUACAUCAUCGGGAAGAAGAAUGCUUUGGCUACUCUUUUGGUUCGAGAUGCCCAUCUCCGCACCUUGCACGGAGGACCGCAACUCACCAGGAGCAUGCUGGCGCGACGCUACUGGAUAAUCCAUGGCCGUUCGUUGGUGAGAGACGUCAUUAAAGGGUGCGUAAAAUGUGCUCGCUACAGUGGUAGGCCGACCACGCAGCUGAUGGCCCCCUUACCGCUCGAGCGCAUCACUCCUCGGCGACCCUUUCUUUCCACCGGGGUGGACUAUGCCGGACCGGUGAAGCUGCGGACAUCACCAGGAAGAGGACACAAAUCCUACAAGGGAUAUAUAGCGCUGUUCAUUUGCCUUACUACACGCGCAUUUCAUCUUGAAGCUGUCUCAGAUCUUACCUCUGCCUCAUUCCUAGCCGCUUUUCGCAGGUUCGUCAGUCGCAGAGGUCGCUGCGCCACCAUGUUGCGCGAUAAUGGGACCGUUUUCCACGGAGCGGACCGGGAGUUGCGCAACAUGUUCCGCGGCGCCUCCGCCUUUUACUUAGACGCUGCAGCUUCGUUGGCAGCCGAUGGCACGGACUGGAGCUUCAUCCCUCCGUAUGCUCCGCACUUCGGGGGCCUAUGGGAGGCAGGAGUUAGAACGGUUAAGCACCACCUACUGAGAAUCGUCGAAAACGCUACGCUUACCUUCGAGGAGAUGACAACGCUCUUGUGCCAGGUGGAAGCAUGCGUAAAUUCACGGCCGCUACAUCCACUUUCCGACGACCCCUCGGACCUGUCGGCAUUAACACCCGGACACUUUUUAUUCGGUGAACCCACUUGUAUCGUUCCGGAUUCAGAAUCCGAAUCGCAUAAUAUUUCUCUUAUUUCGCGUUGGCGACAAAUAUCUAUAUUACGUUCUCACUUUUGGCACAGGUGGAGGCGGGAAUAUCUGCAAAGCCUUCAGCAGCUUCCCAAAUGGCGUCAGCAGAAGGAGAACCUGGAGCUGGGGACACUAGUGUUACUACGCGACGAAUUGCAACCUCCGGCAAAAUGGCCGCUGGGCCGAGUCGAAGCCCUUCAUCCAGGGCCAGAUGGACGAGUGAGAGUAGCCACCUUGAGAACUAUUAGCGGUUCUGUCACCAGACCAAUAGUCAAGUUGUGCCCCCUCCCGGUGUCUUCUGCUGACGUCACUUCAUCUGCUUCGACGUAA